AUGCCGCCAUCUUCCCCCACCACACCAGUCAAGGUGACGACCUUCCCUGUCGUCCGCCACCAUAUCAUCCCCACAGCCAUCUGCGCCGUGAUCAUGAUCCUCUCCUCCCGCCGUGACUUCAUCCAGCCCGGCUCCCCGAUCCACAGCCAUAUCCUCGCCCCGCUUGCCAGCCUCACCGGCACCACCCUCGCCAGCGCCGAAGCUACCGCGGCCACCGUGCAGACCUGGACUUUCCGGAUAUUGGUUGACAUCCACGCGUUGGAGGUGCCGAUCUUUGCGGCGACGAAGCUGCCGGCGCACGGGGUGGCCUUCUUGAGCGGGCUCUGGUGGAAGUGGGUGCUUGCGGUGUUUUUUGGGGGCAAGUUUACUUGGGAUUUGUUCGCCGAGACGGUUAGGGGUGCGAAGGCCAAGGGGAGGUAGUAGGCUUGCGUGGCACAUUGGUGGGAAGCUGGACGGUGUUGUGGCGCCGUACCAGUAGAUGUCAUGAGGGGCAGAAUGUUCUGGAUGGGGGGAGAAGGGGGAGGGGCUUGUGUGAUUUGGAAGAAGAUGUCUAGAAGGGUGGUCUCGCUGCCUCCUCAUAUGAUGACCGCUCUGAUGUCCACAACUGCCACAAUAUCUCCAGACAAUUUAGAAGUGUCUUUGAUAGGGAAUGCAAAAGGUCAUGCUGAAGGGUGUGAUUGAUGCCCCAUGACAAUGCAAAUGCAGUCUUGGGAUGUCGCACAGGAGGGUUGUUUCAAUUACAAGGAUAGAUGUACUACUUGCACAAUGUAUGUGUGUUCCAGC